AACUGUUGCAUACAGAGUUUCCUGCAAGCUGAAGAAGCAUGGGGUUUAGGUGAGUUCAUUGCAGCAGUAAAGAGUUUCCUGCAAGCUGAAGGAGCAUGGGGUUUCUGUCUUAGCUGAGUUCACGGCAACAUUACUUCUAGGCUUAAACGAAUAAUUGGUUAUGGUGCUUCAUGAUGAGGGGAAGAAGUUACAGGGAAAGGAGUUACAGUUAUAGUCCUUCUCCACCAAGAGGUUAUGGGAGACGAGGACGGAGCCCAAGCCCAAGAGGUCGCCAUGGUGGUCACAGGAGGGAUCUUCCAACUAGCCUUCUAGUUCGGAACCUUCAUCGUGAUUGUAGACCUGAGGAUCUUCGUAGGCCAUUUGGACAGUUUGGUCCUCUGAAGGACAUCUAUUUACCACACGAUUACUACACAGGAGAGCCUCGGGGGUUUGGUUUUGUCCAAUUUGUGGACCCUGCAGAUGCUGCGGAUGCCAAGUAUGAAAUGGAUGGACGGAUUCUUUUAGGCAGGGAGUUGACUGUUGUAUUUGCUGAAGAGAACAGAAAGAAACCGUCUGAGAUGAGGGCUAGGGACAGGCUAAGGAGUCGAUCAUAUGAUUACCGGUCUCCGCCUAGAUAUUCCCGUUCGUGUUAUUCCAGAUCCCCAUCUCCCCGAUAUUCUCGUUCUUUGCGGUACAGCAGGUCGCACUCCCCGAGCCAUGGUUAUUAUUCGCCAUCAUCAAGGAGGGGCUAUUCAAGGUCUAUUUCACCUCGAGGUAGAAGCUACUAUCGUGGUCGGUCAUAUUCUCGUUCUCCAUCCGACAGCAGGUCAAGGAGCAGGAGUGAAGACUAAUCAAGAAAGCCAUCUCACAGAGAUAGGUCUUUAUCUGUGAGCCAGUAAGCUGGCAGCUGGAUAGAUAAUCUAGUCGCUUAUUGCUCUCUCAGCCUUGGGAGCUUUAGUGGAUUUUAUUCAUAUCUAAGUUUGGUAUUGCUUGAGUACAAUGUUUUCUAAUGAGUAUAUGUGGUUUUAUUACACAUCAAAGGGUGGUUCUACCUACCUAAUGUAAGGUUGUAGUGAUGGAGGUUGGGAAGUGUGCUAUCUUGAUUUUUAGAUUUUGAACCAUCGCAAUUUUUCAGUACGUGACACCGACUUACAACUGAAUUGUUGCUCAUUGAAGUGUGGUUACGUUAGUUUUCUUUAGGCUUUGGGUGUCAAAUGUCAGUCGAUGAAUAUUGGGCAAUUUUCACGGCCCGAGUCCUGGUUAUCGACGCUUGGACUUCGUU